AUGAUCAAAGCAAUGAUGAUACGGACACAUCUUUGGAGAUGCACACGAAUACACCGCGACAUAAUCAAUGGGGGAACACUAAGCGACAUCGGGGAAAAGCUAUAUCAAUGUGAUAUUUGUCACAAAGAAUUCACCCAGUUUCAGCACUUGAAGUGGCACAAAGUGACUCACACUAAUGAAUUUCUAUUCCAUUGUCCCAGCUGUUUCCAACGAUUUUCACUUAAGGAGGAAAAAGAUGCACACGAUAAAAUCGAAACAAGAGGUCAAGAGAUGAAUGCAUCAACAAUGGACUGGAGAAAUGAGAUGCACAAAUUGCUUGGUGUGUUCGAUCGCCAGACAACAAUUUCAUUGGGAAAAAUCAAAAUGGCCUUUGAAUUCAAUGGUCUAUCGUUUAACACUGAAUUCAAGAAAUAUUUCCUGGGUGCUUCAUAUGAUCAAAUCAAGACUACUUAUAAUCAAUUUGAAAUUAAUUCGAUGUUGGAAGACCGGGUCAAUUUUGGUCCAGAUGCAAGCAUGCCAACGGCAGAUAGGUUCCAGAUGGCGAGCUCAAUUCAUGGUAUGGACAAUGACCAAAGGCCUGUUCCAGUGGAAAUCAUUGACUUAAGUGAUGAAGAAGAUCAAAUCAAAAUGAAAUCGUGGGUAGCCCCAUUUGGCAUUCAGAGCGAUAACCAUGACGAAACAUCUGAACGGAACAAUUUUGAAGACUGUACCAGCUACACCGAUAUGCCACACACAAACUUGCGUGGUUUUAAUUACCAAAAUGCAAAAAGCGAAGAUGGCAUCCAGAAUGAAACUGAGAAAGCAACGAAAAUGGUGCAAAUGGAAAUGGACGAUGGCAUUCCAACAUUUGUUGAUGAUUUGAACACCAAGAACAGACAAGCAUCAACCUCCACAUGGUAUAAUGAACGAAACAUUGUGAAUAGUGGCAAAAGCUUUAAAAAGGGAAGACUUUUGAUUGGUUGUCCAAGAAAAGGUGCUGAAUCACGUUUGACUUCAGAGUCAUUGCGGAAUAAAACAUCUAUUCUAUCAAACCAUUCGGAGAUGAAGAAGCGAUUCAAGUGCGAAAUUUGUGAAUAUUCCAGCAAUGACAAGGGAAACCUCAAGAAACACAAGCGUACUCACACCGGCGAGAAGCCGUAUCGAUGUGAUAUUUGCCAAAAAGGUUUUAUCCAGUCAAUUCACAUGAAACAGCAUAAAGUGACUCACAUCCAACAAGUUCCAUUCCAUUGCCGAGGUUGUUUCAGUGGAUUUUCCCAGAAGACCGACCAAAAGGUCCAUGAAAAAGUGUGCAAAUAUCGUCGAUAUGAAUGCCAUAUCUGCAAGAACUUUGUCAAUGUGAAUAAAGCCAUUUUGAAAGUACAUAUGCGAAAGCACAAUGGUGAAAAACCGUUCCGAUGCCAGAUUUGUAUGGUGCAUUUCACGCAAAAAUCUAGCCUCAAAACACAUUUGGACAACAUCCACACCAAAAUCAACGCAUAAAUUCAAUCAUUCAACACAGAUGGUAAUACAGUUUCAUUCACGACUAUAAACUACUUCUACCAAAUUAAAAUUUAAAUGAAAC